AUGGAGCUUAUUAAAGCUAAGGAGUUUGGUAAAGUCGAUAAAUUAAAAGUUUUAUCAGAAUCUCUCAUUAACUCAACAUCAAAGGCUGGAAGGCGCAUUUCAGAGCAAAGGGUUCAGAAAGAAGAAGCAAUUAGCUUUCGUUUUGCUAAAGCCAACGAAGUCAGCCAACAAGAGAAGGAACUGGAAGCUGGGAUUGUAGAUCUUGAGAAGCAAAAAGCUGAACUUGAAGCUGAACUUAGUAAGGUCAAUGCAUCACUUGUCUGUGCUCGUAUAUGCCUUCGCAAUGCCAGGGAAGAGCGAGAACAAUUUGAUGUUGCCAGUAACCAGAUUCUAUCACAGCUAGCAUCAAAGGAAGAGGAAAUUUCGAGAUCGAUUUCUUCAUGCCGAGUAGAAGCGGACGUUGUUAAUGCGUGGAUACAUUUUCUGGAAGAUACAUGGUUUCUUCAAACAACCUACCUUGAGCAGAAGGAGAAGCAGGUCAAUGGUGAACUAGAGAGAUAUGGAGAAUAUUUUGUGAAUCUGGUCACUCACCUUCUGAUUGCUUACAAGGAACAACUCAGACCUUCCCUGAUAAGAAUUGGGCAACUGGUGGAGAACUUGUCCUCAACUGAAAGGUCAGGAGAACAGCUAUGGAUGAAUCUCAUAAAGGUCUUAACCAAAGAAGAAGUCUUGAAGAAGAAUAUUUGAGCCUUGAAUCCAAAUUUGUAAGUACCUUUAGUGUAGUGGGUUCAAUGAGAACACAGAUUUAUUCUCCGAAUGAAGGACAUUGUAUUCCCAUUAAUGUUACUUG